AUGUCUUCAAGUGGUCCUUUACAACUUCCUCAAGCUCAGGCAAAGUCCACAUCACAGGCUCUACCACAACAAAAGCCCCUCUCCCUUCCCACCCAAAGCAAGGGCAUUGAUUCUACGUCCUCGAAUGGCUCAAAAGAAGAUGGCAAGCCCGAUGUAAAGGAUACCCCAUCCGUGCCGCCGUCCAUUACGGAACAGACUCUGUCGAGCAUGCAUGGCAUAGUUCCAACUUUACAAAAUAUUGUGGCAACGGUAAACCUCGAAGCGAGAUUGGAUUUAAAAACCAUUGCACUUCACGCACGGAAUGCUGAAUACAACCCCAAGCGUUUUGCAGCGGUUAUCAUGCGUAUCCGUGAACCCAAGACCACCGCUUUAAUCUUCGCAUCAGGGAAAAUGGUAAUCACAGGUGCUAAAAGCGAAGAUGAUAGCCGCUUGGCUAGUCGCAAAUAUGCACGUAUUAUUCAAAAGCUCGGAUUUGAGGCUCGUUUCAGUGAGUUUAAGAUCCAGAACAUUGUCGGCUCGUGUGACGUCCGUUUCCCUAUUCGUCUCGAGGGUCUGGCUUACAGCCACGGUGUCUAUUCUUCUUAUGAACCUGAGUUAUUCCCGGGCUUAAUAUAUCGCAUGGUGAAACCCAAAGUUGUAUUGCUCAUUUUCGUGUCCGGAAAAAUUGUACUCACUGGUGCAAAGGUGCGAGAGGAGAUUUAUACCGCAUUCAACCUCAUUCUCCCCGUGCUGUCCGAAUUCAGGAAACCGUGA